CAGCAUUAUGCCUGCAGUGUUCCUCCUGCUCCGAACCCUCCUCUCCAGUAGACUGAUAGGAUCCCUGCUCCAGUUUCUCAGGAGGACUCUGUCCUCAACCUUCAGCCACGUGGGAGCCGCGCUGAGAUACGUCUGGGACAGGAUCAGCUCCCAGGAGUCUAAAGAAGCCACCCUGCGCUGUGUGCUGUGUCUCCUUAACAUGCACAAGAAGGUGGAUCAGCCAACAGCUGACUCUCACUGAGUCACUCUCUUGGCUUUCCUCUUCAGAAAGAAAGAGAGAGAGAGGACGAGAGAGAGAACAAGAGAGAAAGAGGAAGAGAAGAGAGAGAGAACAAGAACAAGAAAAAGAGUGAGAGAGAGAGAGAGAGAGAGAG